AUGCCACCUACAAGCAAGCCCAAGCUCGCGCAGUUGACGACUCCAGUCACAGCGACAUUUCCGUCCGAGCUCUCAGCUCUGUCGGCGAGGACGCCACGCUCGGCAGUCCCUGAUUUUAUCAAGGAGGAAUACAGCACCAAGACUCCGAUCAGUCCACCUACCGCUUACAUGGACUUCCUCCGGGCCAUGUCAGUAGCGUCGCCCGUGGUACCAGAGAAGCGAUCCGGCAGCUCCAGCGAGGAGGAAGAGGACCAUGCUCAGGACUCGAUGCCAUCAACGGCCAGCAGCGAGCACACCGACUGCUCGUGCAACUGUGGAAACCACAAGUCUCCCACUGCUGUGCCGCCUAGCCCGUACCCAACUCAUCCCAUGUCUGCGCCGCCAACCGGCGCCACGUCGUUCCCCAGCCUGCACAUUCCGCCAUCGCCCGCAGUCUCGACCAUGGACUCGCCCAUGAGUGCCACAGCGAGGUCGCCGUUCAGUGCGCGAUCAGUCCGCUCGCCGUUCGACUGGGAAUCGGCGCUCAAGUCCCGGUACUCACAGGACUGCAAAGCCACCAAGUCAUCCAAUCGUAGCGUGCGCCACAUCCGGGAGGUGGUGACGAGGACCGUCACUUACACGCCGAGGAUGAACCCAGCCCCCAAGGGCAAGCGGAGGCGAACCGAGUGCUCAAAGGUUCAGGCUCUGAAGGCAGCGCAGGCAGUCGCGGCCGCGGCCGGAGAGACGAAGCCACAACCGACCACGCGGUCAAAUUCGGCAUGA